CCACAGGGUUAAGCUCAAAGCUUAGUAAUCAUGUUUGUAAAGGUUGUAGCUCCACUCCUGGCGGUCUUCUUGGCCGUGGCGAGCGCUGACCUUGUCGGAGCCCCGGUGGAUGCAGACAUAAACAGCCCAGAAGUCCAGGAUGCCCUGCGGUUUGCAGUCGCUCAGUAUAAUGCAGAGAGUGACUGCAUAUACACCAGCCAGGUUGUUAAGGUGAUCAAGACCCAGGUGCAGGUUGUUUCUGGUUUGAAGUACAUCUUCACUGUUGAGAUGGCCAAGACUUCCUGCAAAAAAGCGGAACCUGAAAACACGUGUGCCAUCAAUUCGGACCCAGCAAUUGCACAGCCUCAUGAAUGCAAACUUGCAGUGUGGAGUCAGCCUUGGCUGCACAGCAUGAUGCUAAUUGAGAAUACCUGCUAAGAGAGAUCACAUACUAUCCUGAAACCCAGAAUCUUUCAAGAAAUACCUUUAAAAAUGUGCCUUAUUCAUCAGGCUGUAUUUGGAGAUGCUAUUAAACGGUUGCUCAAAAUAUGUGUUGGCAAUUUAUUUG